AAACGUAGUUUAUUUGUUCUCCAGCUGGGGAAAGGCUUAGGGCUGUGGACUACCUCUCCCGUGAGGUAGUGCGCAACUCCACCCUGUUCGCGGCGUCUUCGAACGCGCCGCGGCAGCCAUGUUGGACGUGGCCAGCACAGGGGCCGGCACCACGGGGUUAUCGAAGCAGCUGUCAAGAUGCUGGGGUCCCUGGUGUUGAGGAGAAAAGCACUGGCGCCACGGCUACUCCUCCGGCUGCUCGGGUCCCCAACGCUCCGGGGCCAUGGAGGUGCUUCCGGCCGGAAUGUGACUACUGGGAGUCUCGGGGAGCCGCAGUGGCUGAGGGUAGCCACCGGGGGGCGCCCUGGAACAUCGCCGGCCUUGUUCUCCGGACGUGGGGCAGCCACCGGGGGGCGCCAGGGAGGACGCUUCGAUACCAAAUGCCUCGCGGCUGCCACUUGGGGACGCCUUCCUGGCCCCGAAGAAACACUCCCAGGACAGGACAGCUGGAACGGGGUCCCCAGCAGGGCCGGACUGGGCAUGUGCGCCCUGGCCGCAGCGCUGGUGGUUCAUUGCUACAGCAAGAGUCCGUCCAACAAGGAUGCAGCCCUGUUGGAAGCUGCCCGUGCCAACAAUAUGCAAGAAGUCAGCAGGCUAUUGUCAGAAGGUGCAGAUGUCAAUGCAAAGCACAGACUUGGCUGGACAGCACUCAUGGUGGCAGCCAUCAACCGAAACAACAGCGUGGUACAGGUCCUGCUUGCUGCUGGGGCUGAUCCAAACCUUGGAGAUGAUUUCAGCAGUGUUUACAAGACUGCCAAGGAACAGGGAAUCCAUUCUUUGGAAGAUGGGGGACAGGACGGUGCAAGCUGGCACAUCACAAACCAGUGGACAAGUGCCCUGGAGUUCAGGAGAUGGCUAGGACUCCCCGCUGGCGUCCUGAUCACCCGAGAGGAUGACUUCAACAACAGGCUGAACAACCGCGCCAGUUUCAAGGGCUGCACGGCCUUGCACUAUGCUGUUCUUGCUGAUGACUACCGCACUGUCAAGGAGCUGCUUGAUGGAGGAGCCGACCCCCUGCAGAGGAAUGAAAUGGGACACACACCCUUGGAUUAUGCCCGAGAAGGGGAAGUGAUGAAGCUUCUGAGGACUUCUGAAGCCAAGUACCAAGAGAAGCAGCGGAAGCGUGAGGCUGAGGAGCGGCGCCGCUUCCCCCUGGAGCAGCGACUAAAGGAGCACAUCAUUGGCCAGGAGAGCGCCAUCGCCACAGUGGGUGCUGCGAUCCGGAGGAAGGAGAAUGGCUGGUACGACGAAGAACACCCUCUGGUCUUCCUCUUCUUGGGAUCAUCUGGAAUAGGAAAAACAGAGCUGGCCAAGCAGACAGCCAAAUAUAUGCACAAAGAUGCUAAAAAGGGCUUCAUCAGGCUGGACAUGUCCGAGUUCCAGGAGCGACACGAGGUGGCCAAGUUUAUUGGGUCCCCACCAGGCUACGUUGGCCAUGAGGAGGGUGGCCAGCUGACCAAGAAGUUGAAGCAGUGCCCCAAUGCUGUGGUGCUCUUUGAUGAAGUAGACAAGGCACAUCCAGAUGUGCUCACCAUCAUGCUGCAACUGUUUGAUGAGGGCCGGCUGACAGAUGGAAAAGGGAAGACCAUUGAUUGCAAGGACGCUAUCUUCAUCAUGACCUCCAAUGUGGCCAGCGACGAGAUCGCACAGCACGCGCUGCAGCUGAGGCAGGAAGCUUUGGAGAUGAGCCGUAACCGUAUUGCCGAAAACCUGGGGGAUGUCCAGAUAAGUGACAAGAUCACCAUCUCAAAGAACUUCAAGGAUAAUGUGAUUCGCCCUAUCCUGAAAGCUCACUUCCGGAGGGAUGAGUUUCUGGGACGGAUCAAUGAGAUCGUCUACUUCCUCCCCUUCUGCCACUCUGAGCUCAUCCAACUCGUCAACAAGGAACUAAACUUCUGGGCCAAGAGAGCCAAGCAAAGGCACAACAUCACGCUGCUCUGGGACCGCGAGGUGGCAGAUGUGCUGGUCGACGGCUACAAUGUGCACUAUGGCGCCCGCUCCAUCAAACAUGAGGUAGAACGCCGUGUGGUGAACCAGCUGGCAGCAGCCUAUGAGCAGGACCUGCUGCCAGGGGGCUGUACUUUGCGCAUCACGGUGGAGGACUCAGACAAGCAGCUACUCAAAAGCCCAGAACUGCCCUCACCCCAGGCUGAGAAGCGCCUCCCCAAGCUGCGUCUGGAGAUCAUCGACAAGGACAGCAAGACUCGCAAACUGGACAUCCGGGCACCACUGCACCCUGAGAAGGUGUGCAACACCAUCUAGCAGCCACCUGCCUGCUCCUAUGUGCCCUCACCAUCCAAUAAAGGCCCCUUGGCUGUGGCA